CUUUUUUUGAAAUGUUGUUUGUUGACUUGCUGUCUAAGAAAACUUUUCAUAAAUUUUACAUUACGUUAAUCAUUAAUGCUAUCAAACGUGUAAAGUUAAUCGUCGGUCGUCCUUUAUUUCAAAAUAAUAAAAAAACUCUCACAAAAAGAUCAAUUCGGUAUACUACAAAUAUUUUAAAAAAUGAAUUUUUUAUCUUUUAACUCGACCAGCACUAUAAAAUUG